AGGGCCCUGGGACACAUGUUCAGCCCUGCAGAGCUCCUGGGGCCCUGCCUGACACGCGCCCCUCCCCAGGAGAGCAUGCGGGCGUAUGCUGCCAACGUCUACACCUCCGUGGUAGCAGAGCUGACCAACCGGCCCCAGCGCCGGUUCAUCGCGGUGGAGCAGGAGUUCUUCCGGCUGUGGUGGACCAGCGUCGCCUCAGAGAAGCAGAAGUACCAGGUCCACCAGCUCCUGAAGAAAGGACAACUGGAGUUUGUCCUUGGAGGCCAGGUCAUGCAUGAUGAGGCUGUGACCCACCUUGAUGACCAGAUUCUACAGCUCACAGAAGGACACGGGUUUCUCUAUGAGACCUUUGGGAUCCGGCCACAGUUCUCCUGGCAUGUUGACCCAUUCGGUGCCUCGGCCACGACCCCCACCCUGUUUGCCCUGGCGGGCUUCAACGCCCACCUCAUCUCCCGGAUCGACUACGACCUGAAGGAAGCCAUGCAGGAGGCCCAGGGGCUGCAGUUUGUGUGGCAAGGGUCCAAGAGCCUCUCGGCACAGCAGCAGAUCUUCACGCACGUCAUGGACCAGUUCAGCUACUGCACGCCCUCGCAGCUGUCCUUCUCCAACAGGUCCGGGUUUUACUGGAAUGGUGUGGCUGUCUUUCCAGAGCCACCUCCGGAUGGGGUGUACCCCAACAUGAGCGAGCCCGUCACCCCAGCUAACAUCGACCUAUACGCCAAGGAGCUGGUGGCCAACGUGAAGCAGAGGGCUGCCUGGUUCCAGACUCCUUACAUCCUCUGGCCCUGGGGAUGUGACAAGCAGUUCUUCAAUGCCUCGGUGCAGUUCGCUAACAUGGACCCGCUGCUGGACCACAUCAACAACCGGUCCCAGGAGCUCGGCGUCUCGGUGGAGUACGCCACCCUGGGCGAUUACUUCCGCGCCCUGCACGCCCUCAAUAUCUCCUGGGCCGUCUACAACCACCAUGACUUCCUGCCCUAUUCCUCAGAACCAUUUGCUGCCUGGACGGGCUUCUACACCUCCCGCAGUAUGCUCAAGGGGAUGGCACGGAGAGCCAGCGCCCUGCUGUACGCAGGGGAGUCCAUGUUCACGCGCUACAUGUGGCCAGUGCCCCACGGGGCUCUGGACCCCACCUGGGCCCUGCAGCAGCUCCAGCAGCUCCGCUGGGCCGUCUCGGAGGUCCAGCACCAUGAUGCCAUCACUGGAACUGAGUCCCCCAAGGUGAGAGACAUGUACAUGGAGCAUCUGGCCACAGGGAUGCAGGGCGUGCGCAAGAUAAUGUCCUCUAUUGUCCUGGACAAGUUCCAGCUCAGGCUGACAGCCCGGGCAGCCGAAUCAGAGGUGUGGAGUGAGCCAGGCAGCAACCCGAGGCCUGAUGGGUACUCUGCCUCAGUCUACAACCCCUUGGCCUGGACCGUCACCACCAUCGUCACCCUGACUAUUCACUUCCCCAGAGUCAGUGUCACAGACGAAAUGGGCCACCCCGUGCCCGCACAGAUCCAGAACUCAACGAAGGACCCCUCUGCCUACGACCUGCUCAUCCUGAGCGUCAUCCCGGGACUCAGUUACCGGCACUACAGGGUCAUGCCCACUACAGAGGCCCAGGAGGCUACCACCAUGGCCACCACGCUCCGGUUUAAGAGCAAGCUGAGGAGACAUAGCAGCUCACAGAAAAAGCGCCUGGUGACCAUGGCAAACGACUGCUACACCGUGCAGUUCGACCAGGACACCAACCUGAUGCACAGCAUCUGGGAGAGAGAAAGCAACCGCACAGUGCCCCUGACGCAGGAGUUCCUGGAAUACCAGGCCAACGGCGACGUGCACCAGGGCCCCGUUUCUGACAAUUACAUGUUCACUGCCAACAAGACUGCAGUGCCCGCCUGGAAGACUGUGGUGAUGGAGCUCGUGAGGGGCAAGCUGGUGACUGAGGUCCGGCAGUACUUCUACAGGAACACCACUGCCCAGAAUUACACCUUUGCGAUCCACUCCCGGCUUGCCCACGUGUCUUCGGACCCCGACCAAGAGCUUCUCUGUCACCGGAUAGAGCAGAAGUACCGAGUGGGCCCCUUGGAGCUGAACCGAGAGGCCAUCCUGAGGACCAGCAGUGAUAUAAGUAACCAGAAGCUCAUCUAUUCAGACAACAAUGGCUACCAGAUGCAGCGGAGGCCCUACCAGGCCUUUGUGAACAACGUCAUCGCCCGGAAUUACUUCCCCAUGGUGCAGUCGGCCUUCAUCGAGGACAACAAAAGCAGGCUGGUGCUGCUGUCGGAACGUGCCCACGGCAUCUCCAGCCAGGACAACGGACAGGUGGAGGUCAUGCUCCAUCGGCGGCUGUGGAACAACCUGACCUGGAACCUGAACUACAACCUCACGCUGAAUGACACCUCCAUCGUCUCCCCGAUGCUCUGGCUUCUGCUGGGGCCCCACUCAGUCACCACUGCCCUGCGCCCAAGGAUGGGGCUGGCACUGCAGCACAGGCCCAUCGUGCUGGUCAGAGAGCUGGCCAGCAAAGGGGUGCCCAUGGCACGAUCUGCUCCUAAGCUCCCAGUACCCCAGGAGCAAGAAGCCGUGACACUGCCCCCAAAUCUGCACCUGCAGAUCCUGAGUAUCCCUGGCUGGAACUACAGCAGAGUCCACACCAAGCACAGGUACCUUCGGAAAGGCCACCAACCAAAGGCCCAAGCCGACCUACACCGCGUCCUGCUGCGGCUGCACCACCUGUAUGAGGCGAAGGAGGACCCGUUCCUGUCUCAGCCGGUGACUGUGGAUCUGGAGACCAUCCUGCGGGGGCUGGGGCCCGUGGUGGCGGUCAAGGAGCGCUCGCUCACUGGGACCUGGGACAUACGUUCGCUGCAGCGCUGGAACUGGAGGACGAAGACUGGCCACCAGAAAGGCCAUCCCACCUCUCCCUCAAGACUGAAGAAAGGCCCCAUCGUCACUGUCUACCCCAAGGAAAUCCGCACGUUCUUCAUCGACUUCCAGCAGCCAUGAGUGGGUUGCCACACAUUCAGGACUGCCCCAGCUGUCAGUGCCGAAGCAGAGGAAGAGCCAUCAAGAGGGUCUGGGGUCGGGAACGAGCUGCUGAUCCCACAGGCUGGCAGCAGAAAAUGGUCCUAUUUGGGAUUUUCUCUUAUUUUUUUUUAAUAAAAUUUAUAUUACAAAGUC